AUGGAGAUACAUCGAAUUAAGAUACGACCAAGUGCCGGGGACAGGUGUCGCCUGGCGAGUGACCUCUUUCGAGGAAUCGGGUCGUCGCACGCGGUUCCCCGGAUGGAAGCGCGACGUCGACGAGACGGGGAACAAUUAAUUCGACGUCGCCGGCAUCGACCCAUACUUCAUCCCGAGCCAUUGUUGUUGCUCGCGCGCAGAUGUCCGGUGCCAGGGAGAAAUAUCCGCGGCGUCGGAUUCGUGCCACAGUGUCACCCGAACGGCGAAUACCGCGAAUGUCCGGCCAGUGUGGCGCCAGACACACGCCGGGGGGGAGGAGCGAGGUGGCGGAGCACGGGGGAGGAGAGGGUACAUCUGUUUCCAUCCGGGCACGUGUCUACGGAAUUAGAACGUUUCGAGGGAGACGAAUACGCGCGGGAGAAAAGACUUCGCGCGGACGACAAGCCGGACUGA